AUGGCUGCGACAAACGGGCAUACUAAUGGGGCAUCCACGGGGACAUCUGAGCCACUGAGCUGGACUACCUUCUCCAACACCAUCAAUGGAAAACUAGAGACCACGCAGAAGACAAGACACAGCAUUAAUCCCGCGACGGGCGAGGCCGGGCCAGACGUGCCGCUGUCGACCCCGGAUGAUGUCGAACGGGCUGUUGCUGCGGCACAAGUCGCGUUUGGCACCUGGGCGGAAGUUCCUUAUACCGAGCGCCGAGUUGCAGUGCUGGCGUAUGCGGAUGCCAUUGCAGCUGAGAAAGAGUCAUUCUCGCAAAUGCUCACCAAGGAGCAAGGGAAACCUCUCAAAUUUGCGCGAGUCGAGAUGGACUUGACUGUCCAUUGGUUGAAGACCAUCGCCAAUCUCGAGCUGCCGGAGGAGAGAAUCGUCGAGGGAGACCGAGAGAUCGUCGUUCGGUACACACCGCUCGGUGUCACGGUUGGAAUCGUCCCGUGGAACUAUCCAAUUUUGCUGGCAGCCUCGAAAAUCGCCCCUUGCGUUGUGACGGGCAAUCCCAUCAUUAUCAAGCCAUCCCCGUUUACGCCAGCCGGAGAUUUGAAACUCGUUGAGCUGGCACAAAGGUUCUUCCCGCCCGGUGUCGUUCAGUGUCUGUCAGGCGAUGAUAACCUUGGGCCCUGGCUCACUGCUCAUCCCGUGCCGGCCAAGAUCAGCUUCACUGGCUCCACGCUUACAGGUAAAAAGGUUAUGGAAUCUGCUGCCAAGACGUUGAAACGUGUAACAUUAGAACUGGGAGGCAAUGAUCCUGCGGUCGUUUUGGAUGACGUGGAUAUUGAAGAUGUUGCGCCAAAAGUUGCCGGAUUAGCGUUCCUCAACUCAGGGCAGAUCUGCCUCGCUCUCAAACGAGUUCUUGUCCAUGAAAGCAUCGCCGAUAAGUUCUUAGCGGCAAUGGUGCAGGCAACGCAACAAUUGAAGGUCGGCCCGGGGGAUGAUCCCGAUGUCUACCUCGGGCCCAUCCAAAACUCGAUGCAAUACGAGAGGGUGAAAGGAUUCUUCGCCGACAUCGAGAAGGAAAACUGGAAGGUGGCAGUCGGUGGCUCCAACCCCGAUGGGCCAGGAUACUUCAUUACACCGACCAUCAUCGACAGACCAAAAGAUGAUUCCCGGAUCGUGAAAGAGGAGCCCUUCGGUCCCAUCGUGCCACUCAUUACAUUCAAGACGGACGAAGAAGCCAUCAAGAAAGCCAACGACACGCACAUGGGCCUCGGCGCCUCGGUGUGGUCGUCGGACACUGAGCGAGCGAAUCGCCUGGCGCAGAAAAUCCAAGCCGGCACCGUCUGGGUGAACACUCAUUUCGAACUCGAUCCCCGUGUCCCGUUCGGCGGCCACAAGGAAAGCGGCGUGGGCUCGGAGUGGGGCCUGCCGGGGCUCAAAUCGUUCUGUAAUAGCCAGACGUUGUUUUUGAAGAGGAAUACAAACGUUUAG